UUUUCGGAAAUUUCGAACACAGUUCCUGAAGCCCCAGUGCGCCGAAUCACGACGAUAACCCUCGUGCUUUCUAGUGUGUGCCACCGGUGGUGGCGGGUGACUCACGACUGGUCACUCCGGCGGGUGAUCGACGUGACCUCGCAGCCGCUGUCGGCUGUGCAGCUGUGGCGCCUCGUCCGUCACUGCGCCGACGUCAACCUCGUGGAGCUGAGGAUAACGGGCGCCAAGACGGACGCCUUCUUCGAGAAGCGUUCACAGAGACUGACGGCGGCGGUGUUCAGACACCUCCGGGACCGCUGCUCGUCGCUCAAGAUCCUUCAUCUAACAGACACCUUGAUGGCGGCCCGAAGUGACGCCUCCGUGGCGCUGUCGGCCUCGGAUCUCGCCGAGAGGCUCACGCACCUGUCUUUGCGGAGGUCCUGCAUCUACCCCAACACGUUCUUUCAAAACGAGUCCGAACGCGCGGUCAGCUCCCUGCGGUUCCUCGACCUGGCCAACUGCAUCUUCCUGUCGCGGUUCGACCUGGGAUCGUCGGAGCAGUUUCCCUUCCUGCGCGGUCUGGUGCUCGAAGGCUGCUACCCAGUCUACGACGACGGCAUCUUCCUGGUCAUGCCGCUGAUCGCCAACCUCGUCCUCCUGGACAUCGAGCGCAUCUACGUCGGCAACCGGGGCGUGGAGAUGGUGAUCCUUCAGGGCAUUAACCUCCGGUACCUGUUCGUCGGCCACACGGCGUUCGACGGCAGGGCGUUCGAGGCGGUCUGGCGCUUUCUGGCCGGUCGACGCGCGCUCCGCCUCACCCACGUCUGCCUCAGGUGCACGCAGGUGCAGGAGCUGCACCUGAGGAAGCUCGUGCGGAUGACGCCCCGGCUGCAGUGGCUGGCCGCGACGAGUGCCGACAUCUCGACUUCCGCGAGGCGGCGCUUGGAGCUGUGCCUGCCCCGUUCGUGCCAGUACCUGGAGCUGGGACAUGGCGACCCGGAAAGCGCGCCGUCUUGUCGACACUCCGCGACCAGCGAGGUCCUCAGGGCGAACCUGCACGAGGCGCCCGCUGACAACUCUUGAAAUGCGAAUGCGUUUGAUCGUUUUGCUUUUUCUUUCCUUAAUUCUGCCUUUGGCGCCCUAAUAAAUUGCCACGUCCGUAUUUUUUCCACGUGGGGGUGAGCUAUAGCUACGUGCCGUCUCCAACACACGGUGUUUGCAGCCAAUCAGCGUCGCGUUGCAUCUCACGAAAACCUCCUCGCAAACAGGCGAUGUUUGCAGAAAUUCCCUCUCUGCGAGCCUCCUCAUUCGUGUUUUCCUUCUCCGUGGCGUGUCAUUGGU